AUGGCAGUUCAGCCCCUAGCACCACCUUUCUCCACCGCCUUUCACCAGCGGCGGACUUCUCUGGGUGGUGUCGUGGUCGCGGCGGCGGCGUCAGCGUCGGCGGCGGGGGCGUUCUCGGAGGUGCCGCCGGCGACGCCGUGCGCAGCGGCCAUCGUGUCGGUGGCGCCGUGCCUGUCGCACGUCGCGGUGGUGGCUCCGCGGGCGCGGCCGGCGCCCGCGCCCACGGAGGCCUGCUGCGCGGCCUUCCUCCGCGGUGUCUCCCCCAGCAGCAGCGGCGGGGAGGGGUGCUUCUGCCACUUGCUCCGCGACCCGCUCCUCCUCGUCUUCCCUGUCAACACCGCGAGGCUCGGCGCGCUCCUCCCCACCUGCGCCGCCGCCAACGCCAACACCUCCGCGGCCGCCAUCGUCGAGGUCACCACGCUCUUCGCCGACACCUGCCGAGGUCAUUACUGAG